UAAGAUUUGUCCCGAUUAUUCUAGCAGUUUCAGUGAGAUUACCAAACAACCCCCGAACGAAAAUAUCAACCAUUAAUUUGAGAAAAACCGCUAUAAAUAGCAUCAACCGUUUGCCUCUAUCCGUCCAUCGUCGUUUACUUCGUGAAGAGUACAAAGGCAGAGUUUACAAAUCUUUUUCAAUCGAUCUUCUUCUUUCUUGGAAAUACGGAAAAGCGAAAAAUCGAGCAUUGAAAUGGAAGGGUUUUCUUCGUUCUUCGAUUCACAAUCGGCGGCAAGAAACGGUUGGACUUAUGAAUCUCUCAAGAAUUUCAGGCAGAUCUCUCCGGUCGUUCAGAAUCAUCUCAAGCAGGUGUAUCUGACACUCUGCUGUGCACUGGUGGCUUUGGGUGUUGGUUCUUAUCUUCACAUACUGUGGAACAUUGGUGGUUUUCUUACCACUCUGGGAUCCAUUGGAUCCAUAGUAUGGUUACUGUCUACUCCUCCAUAUGAAGAGAAGAAGAGGGUUUUGCUGUUGAUGGCAUCUGCAGCCCUCCAAGGAGCUUCAAUUGGUCCUCUCAUUGAACUUGCAAUCAACUUUGAUCCUAGCCUUCUGGUUGGUGCUUUUGUUGGUUGUGCCGUGGCUUUUGGGUGUUUCUCAGCAGCAGCGAUGUUGGCAAGACGCAGAGAAUACUUGUAUCUGGCGGGCCUGCUUUCUUCUGGUGUUUCCAUUCUUUUCUGGCUGCACUUUGCCUCUUCCAUUUUUGGAGGAUCUUUGGCCCUGUUUAAGUUUGAGCUAUAUUUUGGCCUGUUGGUAUUUGUUGGUUACAUUGUCGUUGAUACCCAAGAUAUAAUUGAGAAGGCUCAUUAUGGCGAUCUUGACUAUGUGAAGCAUUCUCUUACACUUUUCACAGAUUUUGUUGCUGUCUUUGUUAGAAUUCUCAUUAUAAUGUUGAAGAACGCACAAGAGAAGGAAGAGAAGAAGAAGAAGAGGAGGGACUGAACUGAACACUCGUGAUACCAAAGAGAAGAAGAGACGAAAAAACAUAACAUGGAGGAUACUGUUAACUGCUUAUGUCUGUGAUAAUAAGCUCGAAGCUUUUUCUCUUUAGACUUUGUUUGUUAGUGUGUAGUAAGUAGCAGUAACUAGUGCUGAUGUUAAUAUUCGGCGUUCCAACUUUGGUGAACAAUGAAAUUGUGUAAAUGUUGCGAAUGCUCUUGGAGAUAUUGACGUCCUGUCCUUCUGAUCUCGUUCAACUUUCUUUCCUAAGUUGUUUACUAGUUGUGCAUGGUCCAAUUUUGGACGUCGAGUAAAAUUAAAUUUUGGCAUCAAUCAUUUAGUCUUUUAAAUAGGGCAUGUUCGGGUAUCAACAUGAAGUAGGUGUAGACUUCAUCAAAUUGAAUCGUUACUUCAGUGGCGAUCGAUAACUGCGAUUCUCUGAUUCUAUCGUACCAACUGCAUUUUAGGUAGUAUUUGCCCUUUACCUUUGUUAGCUGUUUUGUGGGGGUAGUGAUCGUUUUUUACCGUCUACAGUCAGAUGAAACAAAAAGCAGUAAAAAAUUAAAGAUUGGGUAACUUAUAGGUAGCUUUGUUUCCGCGGACAUAUGUCCAUCCGCAUGUCUCCAAGUGUACAUCUGUCACUGUUGCAAAAAGUCCCAUUGGUCAGUAAGCACUCGUGCAUGACCAUGACGAUCCUAAAUGGAGCCUGAUGGUUUUCCCAUCCCACGAUCCCCACUUUUAAAUAAUGCAUCAAUCACCACUUCUUUCUUUGCGC